AUGCCUGCCAUCAAGAUUGCCAACGGCCUCGUUGCUGUUCUCAGCCUGGCUUCCAUGGUCUACAGCGCGAGUUCCUCCAAAGGUGACCUCAUUCUCUGUGACUGUGGCAUUGGGGAUGAUAAAGAGCACCCCGACUGGUCCACCUCUCGCCAGAUGAACUGGUAUAAGGAUAUCAAGUGGCCAGCUUCUGCUUCCAGCUACCCCAAUGCCCCAGACAUGGCUGUUCAAGUACCAUUCAAGGACGGCAUCUACCCUUGGACUCCACAGGGCGUCACUGCUACUAUGCCCAACGGGGAGGUCUGGACCGCCUACAUCGAGGAUGGCACUCCUGAUGGCUUCAAGGCUGGUAGUGCUGUUUCCAGCAAAGAUGGUAAGAAUAUGCUCAACUGCUGGGCUUACCGGGGACGCCCUGUCAGCGCAGCUAUCAACAAGACUGUCAAUCACGAUGCUAUCUGCUGGACCGCUUUUGUUUGCAACCAGGACAACCAACCCCCUUCUCGGCCCGACGAUAUGGAUCACCCAUCUACCAUGACUUCUUCCACGGGCAUUCCCGCCACCACCUACUAUACCAAGCCCCCCAAGACUACGACUUCAACUGUGACUAUCUCAGGUCAGCCAGUGCCCACAUACAAUCCUAAAAAGGGCACCCUCAGCGUUUACUCAGGCGUCAACCCCCGAUUCAUCAACUGGCAAGACACUUAG